AUGAGUAAAGCUGCACAUAAAGAGGCUGAACGCCUAUUGAAAAGGUUCAAGACAAAACUUGAAACAGUCUGGAAAGAACAAGAUGUGAUGAAAGCCGGAUCCAUGAGUGAAUGCAAUUUGUUUUGGUUUGAAAAUGAGAAUAGACCAUCAAGUGAGAAAGUUAGGGAUGAAAUCCUCAAGAUGGUCGACAGUGAAUCAAUCGAAUUGAAACUUAUUUUCAACAACUUGACCUUCGGGGGUUUUCGCUGUCCACAAAAACGGUGGUUUCUUGGAGACGAAACAAGCACCGAUCUUCUCCCACGCCAACCAUCGAAUGUUCCUGCCUUCUUCGCUAGCUGUCUAACAGAUGAUUUGCGUCAAGAACAAACUGCUUUUGCCAGUUUAAGCCCGAAACCACUCACAGUGACAAAUCGUCGAUUGAUGUAUGCUCGUAACAACAUGUUAAGUGGUACGGUUCUUGGAAAGGACACUGGAGAUCGCCCAUACUAUUUUCACAGUCUGGAAAAUUCUACUGACACUCCAACGAAAGAUUUCGUUUUCCGAGGAUCGAAAAUCAAUCUUGUGGAGGGACAACUCACAUCGGAUAAGCAAGUGGUAAUCUACGUAAAUGAUAAGAAAAUGAACAAGUAUAUUCUUCAAUGGGCAUUGAAAGAGAACGGUGAUAAAGUGCUCAUUUUGUACGACUCGUUCUUCAUGGCAGCUGGUGAUAUCAAGGAGAACAAGACAGGAAUUCUCCUCAAGUGCCGUGAACUGAGAGGCACGUAUGGAACUGGAAAGUUUGCGAUCAGCCCGGAUUUCCGUCUACUCAUAAGAGAGAGCGCUAUCAAUACUGUCCCUAGAAGUAGUGUUAAAUUGGGAAAGCUUUCUCACCUGAAAACCAUAGUUGAGAUGAUCGAAGAGGAAGAGCGUCCGGACAGGAACAAUGAUAACAAAGACAGAACCGACAGACAAAUCCAACUCAUUUCUAUAAUGUGUGCUGACUCUCGAAUCUUUCUCAAGAUGACCGAAAACUAUAAUCGAGAUCCUGCUCCUGGAUAUGCUUUGACUUCUUUUGAGAAAAUGAUACAUAAUUACCACGAAGCCCAAAACCGUCUUGGAAGUAUCGAAUCAAACUGCAAUCACAAUGUUGCACAAUGUGAAAAUAUUCAUAAAAUUCUCACCCUGAGCCAUGAAUGGAUAGAUGAACAAAAUAACGAAGAGGACGACUACUUGGAUGGAAUGAUUUACAUUGUGACAAAAAUGCUCGAAAUCUAUUACACGGGAAUCACAUGUAAUAGAGAGGAGGAAGUCGCCGUCUGCAGCAACCAAAGAAUUGAACAAACAAAGGCAGUCUUACCGCCGAAUGGCAUCAAGUAUUUCCCACCUGGAUGUUACAUCCUCCCAUGCUCAAGAGAACAGUGGGGCUUUGUCUUUGACUGCCUUAUCCCAGAAGAUUUUCGUAAUAUGAAUUACGAGAAUAUGGAUAACGUGAUGGAAUACAUCAUGAGGCAACGUCCAGAUAUUAUGCUCUUCUCGCCAAGCAAAUUUGACUUUCCACUUCAGUUCAUCCGCAGGUUUGCCCAGUGGUACAAUGAGGAGCAUUUCAACAAAUUCCAGAUAAAGGAAAUUUCCUUGACAACAGAAAUUGCAUCUCUGAACAUUCAUUAA